AUGCCGCACGUGUCUUCUUCAACCGGGAAGGUCACGGGGCACGAUAAGCUGCGCCACGUGACCUCCGUGCAUUCCACGCAUUCCACGCAUUCCACGCACUCCACGCACUCCACGCAAUCCUCUGCACAAUCUACAAGUGAAUCUUCAUCUCCACUGGCGUUCCUUACUGAAACUGAUCUUGAAAGAGCUACGCAUUCCGAAUUAGACCCUCAAAAACGUCUAUUCCGUUGGUUACAUUAUGGUCCGAUGCCGCCUGUUCCCGAUGGGGAAAACAGGCCCGUACACCCUUACUACUCGACAGGCCCCAUAUCACGUGUUUUGCUUUGGUGGGUAACACCUUUGUUACGUGUUGGUUAUCGUAGAACUAUUCAACCCAAUGAUUUAUUUGCCAUGCAUCCAAGGAUGUCUGUUGAAAAGCUUCAUGCAGAAUUCGAACAAGCGCUGAAGAGAAGAACACGUCGCGCGUUCGAUUCCCAACAGCCGCCACCUCGUUUUGCUGUCUUAUGGGCAUUGGCAUAUACUUUCCGUUAUCAAUAUUUAUUAUCAGUCAUCUUUGCAGUAUUGGCCAAUUGUACCUCUGCUUUAACUCCUCUCUUGACUCGUCGUUUGAUCUCAUCGGUGGAGAAACGUGCUUACGAAGGUCAAGGUGUGGGUCCAGGGGUAGGUUAUGCAAUUGGGGCUUGUGUUAUGCUUUUAAUCAAUGGGUUCUUAUUCCAUCAUUUCUUAUAUUUUGCUCAAAUGACCGGUGUCCAGGCCAAGUCCGUGCUUUUACAAGCUGCUGUUUUUAAAUCUUCUCGUCUUUCUAAUCGUGCUCGUUCCAGAUUCCCUUCCGGUAAUAUUCAAUCUUUGGCAUCCACAGAUUUGGCUCGUCUAGAAUUUGCCAUUUCUUUCCAACCAUUCUUAGCUGGGUUUCCUGCUACUUUGGCAGCCGCUACCACUUUAUUGAUCAUUUAUUUGGGUGCUAUUGCCCUUGUAGGUAUCGGUGUCUUCUUCCUGGCUCUUAUCUUGAUGAUGGUUCUUUUCCGUCAUGUCAUUCAAACACGUAUUAAAUCAAACGUUUUAACUGACCAAAGAGUUAGAUUAAUGCGUGAAUUAUUAGGUGCUGCUCGUAAUAUAAAAUUAUACGCUUGGGAAGAUGCUUGUGAAUCUCGUGUAGCUGAAGUUCGUUCUAAGGAAACUGCUCGUGUCACUCGUAUGCAAUUAUUGAAAAAUGCUGCCAUUGCUAUGGCUGUAUCAUUACCAAACGUUGCUUCAUUAACCACUUUCCUUUCAUUGUAUGCUUUAAACCAUUCUUCUAGUGGACUUAUGGGUGGUAUUGGUGGUCGUGAUGUAGGAUCUGUCUUUGCCUCUUUGUCAUUGUUCCAAGUAUUGGGUUUACAGAUGUUCUUCUUACCAGUUGCUAUAGGGACAGGUAUUGAUAUGAUUUUGGGGUUGGAUAGAAUACAAAAAUUAUUGUUAGAAGAGGAAAUGGGGGAUCAUCCUAUUCAUCCUGGUAAAGGUGAUCUUGAAACUCAUGAAGAUCAAGUAGAAAUGAUUGAAAUAGUCAAUUUAGAUAAACAAGAUAAAUUAGAUCAGGAUAAAUCCGAUCACUAUAACACUGAAUCAACUUCUUCGGGAAAGAUCUUAUCUUCUUCUCAAAUCUCGUUACCAAACGAUUCUUUACCAAAUGACUCUGCUGCUAUUACUGUAAAUGAUUGUACUUUUGCCUGGGAUAGUGAAGAUCCAAAUGAUGAAACAAAGGACAAGACAAAGGAUAAAGAUUCGAAGUCCAAAGAUUCGAAAUCCAAAGAUAAAAAAUCUAAAGAUAAGAAAUCCAAAGAUAAGCAAAAGGGUCCUGAGGAAAAAGAAGCACCUACUAUUUUGAAACCUUUACUUUCCAAUAUCAAUUUCACUAUCCCUAAAGGUGAAUUCGUUGUUGUUACUGGUCCUGUCGGUUCAGGGAAAACUUCUCUUUUAUUUGCCCUUGCUGGUUUAAUGGAACAACUUUCUGGUGAAAUGAAUCAUUCUGGUGAUCUUUUACUUUGUGGUAUCCCCUGGGUUCAAAACGCCACUAUUCGUGAUAAUAUCUUAUUCGGUUCUCCAUAUGAUCCUACUUUUUACAAAAGAGUCCUACAUGUUUGUGCAUUAGAAUCUGAUUUAGAAAAUUUACCUGCUCAUGAUAAAACAGAAGUCGGUGAACGUGGGGUCACUUUAUCAGGUGGUCAAAAGGCAAGAAUUAGUUUAGCUCGUGCUGUUUACAAAAAUAAAGACAUUUAUUUAUUUGAUGACGUUUUAAGUGCAGUAGAUGCAAGAGUAGGUAGACAUAUCAUGGACUAUUGUAUGAAUGAUCAUCUAAGUGAUAAAACAAGAAUCUUGGCUACUCAUCAAUUAUCCUUAGUUGAAAAAGCUGAUCGUAUUAUUGUCUUGUCAACUUCCAAAGAUGCUCCACAUUUCGAAAUCGGUACUUUUAAAGAAUUAAUAAAAACAAAUUCUACUUUACAAUCUUUAAUGCAAUUCACUUCUUCUCAAUCGGAAAAUGAAAAUGAAGAUGAAGAUGAAAAUGAAGAAGAUAUUAAACAAGAAGCUCUUCAAAAGAUCCAAACUCAUGUUUCUAUAAACUCUGUAGAACAAGAUGGUGCUCUGGUAUCAAGUGAAGAACGUGCCGUUAAUUCUAUCACUUGGCAUGUCUAUAAAACUUAUGUACAAGCUGCCACGGGGAAGUUAUGGUUCAUCUCUUUACCUUCUUAUUUCAUUUUCGUUAUUGGUACAACUUUUUGUAAUCUUUUCUCUUCCGUUUGGUUAUCUUAUUGGUCUGAAGAUAAAUUCCAUAAUAGAUCUCCAAGCUUUUAUAUGGGGUUGUAUUCCUUCUUUGUCUUUGGCUCUUAUAUUUUCAUGAAUGGUCAAUAUACUCUCUUAUGCUAUAUGGGGGUAGUGGCUUCCAAAACGUUGAAUUUACAAGCUCUUCAUAAAAUCCUUCAUACUCCAAUGUCCUUUAUGGAUACAAAUCCAUUAGGUCGUAUCUUGAAUAGAUUUACAAAGGAUACUGAUGCUCUAGAUAAUGAAUUAACUGAAAAUUUACGUCUUGCAAUGUCUCAAAUAGCAAAUAUUAUCGGUGUCGGAGCUAUGUGUAUCAUUUAUUUACCGUGGUUUGCUAUUGCUAUACCUUUCUUACUUCUCAUCUUCUUAUUAAUUGCUGAUCAUUAUCAAAGUACAGGUAGAGAAGUUAAAAGAUUAGAAGCCAUUCAAAGAUCCUUUGUCUAUAAUAAUUUAAAUGAAAUGUUAACUGGUAUGGAUACUAUUAAAGCUUAUAAUGCUCAAGAUCGUUUUGCAACAAAAUCUGAAUUUUUAAUUGAUAAAAUGAAUGAAGCUGCUUAUAUAUCUAUUGCGGUGCAACGUUGGGCUGGUAUCUUCCUUGAUUUAGUGGCAGUGGCUUUCGCUCUUAUCAUUACUCUUUUAUGUGUCACUAGACAAUUCCAUAUUUCUGGUGCCGAUACUGGUGUUUUAUUAACUUACGUCUUACAAUUACCAGGCCUAUUAAAUACUGUCCUAAGAGCUUUGACUCAAACUGAAAAUGAUAUGAAUAGUACAGAAAGAUUGGUCUCUUAUGCUACCCAGUUACCUCAAGAAGCUCAAUAUAGGAAACCAGAAUGUUCUCCACCAAUUGAUUGGCCACAAAAUGGUCAUAUUGUUUUUGAAAAUAUCAAUUUUGCUUAUAGACCAGGCUUACCAAUAAUUUUGAAAAAUUUCAAUUUAAUUAUUAAACCUAACGAAAAGAUUGGGAUUUGUGGGAGAACUGGUGCUGGUAAAUCUACUAUCAUGAAUGCUCUUUAUCGUUUAACUGAACUUACAACAGGUAAGAUUAUAAUUGACGAUAUUGAUAUCUCAAAUUUAGGCCUUUAUGAAUUAAGAAGUAAAUUGGCAAUUAUUCCGCAAGAUCCAGUCUUAUUUAGAGGAAACAUUAGAAGAAAUUUGGAUCCUUUCGAUGAAUAUCAAGAUGAUCUAUUAUGGGAAUCUUUAGUAAAAGCCGGUGCCAUUGAUUCUCAAGAAUUAGAGACUGUCAAAUCGCAAGAUAAAAAUUCCGAUGCAAAGAAUCUUCAUAAGUUCCAUUUAAAUCAAAGUGUCGAUGAAGAUGGGAACAAUUUUUCUUUAGGUGAAAGACAGGUACUAGCGUUGACAAGAGCAUUAGUACGUCAAUCUAAAAUCUUAAUUUUGGAUGAAGCUACUUCCUCAGUUGAUUAUGAAACCGAUGCAAAGAUACAGAAUUUGAUUGCAACUGCAUUUAACCAUUGUACAAUAUUAUGCAUUGCUCAUAGAUUAAAGACUAUCCUUAAUUAUGAUCGUAUUUUGGUUUUAGAGAAGGGUGAAGUAGCCGAAUUUGAUACUCCUUGGAAUCUUUUCAAUAAUGAUGGUAUUUUCAAAAGUAUGUGUUCAAGAGCAAAUAUCACUGAAGAAGACUUUCCUAAACAAAAACAAAUCUAA